CACUUGAAGGCGCGCAUGCGCAGAGCGUUUCAAACGGCGCAUGCGCAUCGCAACCAGCGCACGUUGAGAAAUUCGCGAUAUUGCAAUAACAGAUUUUUUUUUUGUUUUGUUUCUUUUUGUCAAAUUAAUUGUUAUGGAUAUUAAAGUGCUAGUGAAAUAUAUACGUUACUAUUUUUAUAUGGAAUUUUAUAAAUUUUAUCCGGGUAAAGGAAGUGUUUUUGUCGGUGAAUCAAUACACAAGUAAAAACAAUGAUCAUAUUAAGCAACGAUAAUUAAAACUGAUUAUAAUAAUUGAACAUGGAUUCCGAAAUCAUUCUAAACUAUUUAAUUCGUUGAGAACAGUGACAUCUAGAGAACAUGGUUAACACUAAAAAACCAACUGCUUUCUAAAGUGUUUGCUAAAACUACCGAGAGAUGGCGAUAUUACUUCUUCUUAUGUUCACUAUACCGAACGCUUUAACUUUUGAAGGAGAGAUGGCGUUAGCCAACGUCACACGAUUCGCGAAUGGAGAUAUUUUUUCUUUGGCUGGUCCUCAUUGUGGUUUAACUAGAUGCAUGGAGGUCUCUCGUGGUACCGCCUUAGCGUCUUUGGGAAGCGGCAAUAGCUGUGUUUGUCAAUGUCGCCGUGAAACGCCAGCCUUUAGGGAGGAUCAGAGGACAUGUGUCAACCAUAUUGAUGAAUGUCCAAUGGCAAGUUUCGGACGUGGAACGAACAAACCCCAAAUACCUUUUGUGUUUCUGCCUUUAAAAGGACAGAUUAUUUAUCCUUCGAAAGAAAUUAUAUUUACAGACGUCGAGGAAGCUAUCUGUGCUGUAACAAGCGCUCAAUACCUGUCUCCGACUGGUUGGGUGACGCUGCGGGAUGUGAUUGACAACGACGUACCAUUCGGUCUUUACAGAGAUGAGGGCAGCACUUACUUACAAUGGCGUGGUUCUCCAGCACUCCAUAGCCGUCUUGAAGGGAGGCUGGUUGCUGCUCACGUGCUUUGCUCUGCACCAAAACCGACUCACCUGGCUACAUCCUGCGCAGCAUUCAGGGUAGCUGGCGUGACUCAUAACACUGUACUAGAUGUUAGGUCAAUACCAUUCCACGCUGGUGAAACUGUGACCACGGAGCCGGCUGCACAAAGUCAAGGUCUAAGCGUUUUAGAAUCACUCGCUAUAGGAGUGUGCGUGCUGAUGUUGGUUUUCGUGUAUGCCACUGGGAUCAUAUUCUACAUUCAUUACAAACAGAAACAAAGAAAAAAGACCAAAGAUCCAGAAUUAAAUAACACACUUUCCACUGAGAACGCCUCCACCAUAGAUUCACGAAUAAGCAUUAAUAAUAUGAGAAUCAAAAAUAAUCCAUUAAUGAACUUGGACAGUGAGGCUGGUCUAUCCGAUGUCAGCGAACGAACCGAGGACACAUUUGAUUCUUCAUCAAUCAAUACUCAGAAAAUGAGUCAAAAUUCAAACGUUGUGUCCGCGGUUGUCCAUUCAAGAAGGAAAAAACCGUCGAGACCAACAAUACGAGCGACUUCGACACCCGAACGCCUCAACGAAAGAUUACAAAGACGUUCCGCCUCACCAGAGCUGGAAAAGGCACCGCAUUCAGAUCUAUCGAUACUUCAUUGCAGUAUGGAUAAUAACAUGCCAGAGCUCCCACCACCACAGUCGACUGGAGAACCAAUAAUAAGGAAAAAGUUAUACUUCAACCCAGUGUUCUUCGAAGUAGAACAUCUGAAGAAUCCACCGCCAGCUGCUAUCGACUUUCUGUGCAAAUUAAGGGAAGUCAUGUCAGUUGCUAAGGAAAAGAUGACUUCGAAGAGAUUUAUUCCGAUAUUAUCCGACAUACCUGAAGAAGAGCUAUAUCAUACUAUCGAUCUAGGAUGGGACAUACAUUGCGCUAGACGAGGACGAAGAUUUAGCGCGAUAAGUUUAAAGCGUGAAAACAGUCGGAGGUCCAUACAUUGCGGUGGCUGUCCCGGUUGUGACAAUAAUGGUAAAAACCAUAAAGCUACAAACCUCAUUAGGUCUAACUCCUGCAAAACCUGUGUCAGUGACGACUACAAACAGAGAAUUGUUCAGAAAUGGUUAGACGAAGCCCCAUCGCCGUCUCCGACACUUGUACGACCGGUGAAAUCCGUCGCAAAAGUAAGUGGAACACCAAGAGUCGUAGAUCCAAAAGGUAAAGAAGAAUUAAGAGUCAGUCCAAACAGUCCAAUAGAAGCACCUAGAAACGUAGAUUCAGAAACUAUUAAAAUCACUGAAACUAUCGUGAAAGAAUAUUUAAGGAAUAUAACUUCAGUGAACGAAAACGUUAAUCUAGCGAAGAGGGAGGAAAAUAUUAACCUAACCGUCACAAACAAAGAUAUAAAUGACAAAUCCACAGCUAUACCAAUAAGUGCAAAUACUUCGGAAACGAAAAGUCAACCCAAUUAUGGCACGCGGCGAGUAAGGAAGACUCCACCGCCACCUCCGCCACCAAUGAAUGUGGUCGAAGUUAACGUUAGCGCGGACGUCGAACCCGUUUUGCCGGAAGUCAAAAAGAAAAUGGAAGCUGUAAUACGUGAACUCAAUAAGUGUAAACGCAUUGAACCCGUUUCACCCAACAAAUCCCCAAUGACGGGACCGAAAUUAGUCAUUCCUGUUACAGCUGAACCCCACUACUUUAGCGAUGACAACCUACUUUCCGACAAUCUCAAAAAGGAUCUCGAAAAUGACAAGUCAGUCGAGUGUGACAGUUUAGAGAGAAGAUUAUCUAAAAAGAGGCGAUUCUCUUUGGAUCAUUCACCCGAAUCUCAAAGGAAUAUGUCCAUCAUAAAAAAUACUUCAAUGAAACGCGACAGACUGACAAGAAGCUGGAGAGAUUUUAAAGUCGCACCUAACAAUAGUGAUGUGUCUCCUCAAAUAAUUAGUUUUGAAUCUAAAAGUAGUACAAAUGACAUUUUUAUUAACGGUCCUACCGAGCCCAUUUACAAUAAUGUCGAACAAUUGGGACCCUUAACGAUACAGGUGCGUGGCUCUCCGGUGGAAAAUAGACAAAAAGAUAACGAAGACUUCGAUCCAGACACAUUAGACAGAAAACCUAAACGAAUAGUCGAAGAAACGAAAACCAAAAAAUGUGUGGAGAAAAUUCUUCUCAAAUCCGGCGGUAGCUUUAAGCACAAACUUACCGCACCUGCCUGUCAAAAAGAAAAGAGCCCACCAGAAGCAGCCUUCACAAGGAAAAUAGGAAGUCUGAGACAAAUAUAUGAAGCGAAAAAUAAGACGAAUCAAAGUGACGUACGUCCGUUUUAUGAACGGCGAGGAAGCGUUCCCUAUGGAACUCAAGAAUUAGCAGCGUAUAUGAAAAAUUUAGAGCAACCAAGAAGUUUAGAUAGCAAAGAGUCCAAACCUCCAGUACCGCCAAAGAACAGAGGAUCAGAAACACAUUCUAAAGGCAGUACACCCAGGAACAGUCCACCGAGUGACCGGUAUCGAUCAUCGGAAGAAAGAGAUAGGUUCCCGCCUUACUCGAGAAACGAUAAUCUAAACGCGAGGCGCUCUGGCAGAAGAUCGUCAAGAACGAGACCGAGACGAGUAGAUAUAAAGAAAUUCUGUCGCACCGAAGACUCGGGAUACCUGAGUACCGAUUCGAACGAAUCAAAAAGAAGGGCGAGAUACUUAAUGCAUCUCAAACCUAAGCUGAUACCACCUGAAGUGAUAGCAAAGAAUAAAAUCACCAAUUUACACAUAGAUACGGACACAGACGAAUUGGAGUCGUUGUGCGACGGUCACAGUGAAUCGGGCGGGGAGAGUGUUGAGACUGAUUCGGUGUUCUUCAGGAACUUUGACGAUCCAAGUAAAACUUUCCAAGGGUUAGUUCUGAAUGAAUUCGAAACCCAAAAUAGACAGGAGCAAAUAGAUUCUGGUUUCCUUGGUGAGACCAAUAUAAUUUUAAGCGGCGACAGUGACUCGGAACACAGGAGUGUCAUAUCAAUAGUCACUGGCCGGGACGGUCGAGCUUCAGCCUCCUCUAUAACAAAUCUAGAAGAUUCCUACGUUCAGUCGGUUGAAUGCUCUUAAUGUUUGGGUGUGGUGUUAACUGUAUUCAGCCAAAUUUAAAAUAUGAUUAAUAUAAAAACGUUUUUUUGAAAAUAAGUCUCGUAUAAAUUUUUAUUUAGUGAAGUUGUAGCAAUGAAUAUAAUUAUUAAUUGGAUAAGUGCCACCGAUGUUUACCUCAUAAUCUUUUUUUUUUUAGAAUUUGUAAAAUUUUAUUUUAUAGAAGGAAAUGUUUUUUUUUUCGAAAUAACAUUUUUUUUUCCAAAGCUCUCUAAAAUUGUAAGAAUGUAAAAUUCUAAGGUCUCCUUUAAUUUAUUCUUCUAUGUUUUAAGCAAUUUAUUUUAUUUUCUUAUUAUGUAUAAUUUUAUCGUAAUAAGUAUAUAUUGUGUAAUUGUAGUUAUUUAACUAUUAUCUGUAUAGUGGCAAUUGAAAAUAAUAUUGUAAAUAUUUUACUGACCGGCCGGUUGUGCAAUUAUUUUUAUAGUUAAAAGAGGCUUUGGAUCGUUAUAACGUGGUUGGAUUUAUAUUUUUAUAUAAAAUAUUGGUAUUUGAGAUUUUUAUAUAUACGUAUGGACUUGUAUUGAUAUAUUGCAAAUAAAUAUCGACUUA